AAAUGUGCUCCGGGGUACUACCGAGACACCAUCGGCCUGUUCCUGGGGAAGUGCGUUCCCUGUAGCUGUAACGGACACUCGGACCAGUGUUUGGACGGAUCUGGGAUCUGUGUGAACUGCCGGCACAACACGGCCGGCGACCACUGUGAGACGUGCCAGGGGGGGUUCCUAGGUAACAACAGCGUGGAUGGUCAGGCCGUGACGUGCUCCAGCUGCCCCUGCCCGCUGAGAGCUCCAUCCAACAAUUUUGCGGAGGGCUGCGUGCAGAGAGGUGACAGCAUGCAGUGUCGCUGUAUGCCCGGCUACGCCGGACCGAACUGCGAAAGGUGUGCCCCAGGUUUCUAUGGCAACCCGGUGGUUCUGGGCAGCCGGUGUCAGACGUGCGAUUGCAGCGGGAACUCGGACCCCAACAUGCUGUUCACCGACUGCCACCCGCUGACGGGACACUGCCUCAGCUGCAUGCACAACACGGCCGGGCCGCGCUGCGAGAGCUGUGCCCCCGGUUACUACGGCGACGCCAUUAACGCCAAAAACUGCACCCAGUGUGACUGCUCGCCGUGUGGAACCGAGUCAUGUGACCCGCGCGGCGGACGGUGCCGCUGCAAGCCCGGAGUCACCGGGCCGCUCUGCGAUCGCUGCGAGGUGAGAGCGCUCUCUGAGGUCACCACAACAUCUGUCAUUUAA